CUCUCGGAGAAAGAAAAACCUCUGCAAUUUUUUUUUUAUUCGCUCAAACCCUAAAAAUAAACCAAAAAAUCGUCUCAUCUAACUUCAAAUCCUCUCAUUUGCAACCCUAAUCAGAAAAUCCAACUAUCCACAGAACACCUAAAAUCAAGAAAACAAUUCUUCUGCAAACCCUCAUCGGAAAACUAGGUCUAUCUGCAACCCUCAAAAGAUUGCUCGUUAAUGAAAACAAAUCUUACAUCAAUGGGAAAGAAUAAGAAGUCAACAGUAAAGAAUAAUGUCAAGCAGUUUCCAAUCAAGCUGAAAAAGGGACUGAAGAGUCAACAGUCCCAACCUGUUAAUGCAUCUCCAUCAAAAAGUGUUGCACUUACUUCGAAGUUCCGAACACCGAGAAAGAACAAGUCAGCAGAACCAGCUGAUCUUAUAUCUCCAACUGAUGCCAACACUUGUCAGAGGCGAUCAUCACCAAGGUUCAAAGUAGCUGCAGAACCAACCAACCCUAAAAUUACUACACACAGUACUCCUUCGUCAAGUGCACAACCUGAAACUGACCAACCAACUCCAUACACUCGAAAGAAAUUAGUUUCUAAGAUGAAGACUGUGCUGACAGCUACAAAGUCUAAAGAAGAUGAUGCAAAUUCUAAAUGCAAGACAGUAAAACGGAAAUUGGACACAAGUACUGGACCAUGUCCAACUAUUCAACUCAGGAAUCCAACUGACACUUUUUCUGAUUUUGAAGAUGAUGAAAUUUUACAUACUAACCAAGACGUGCAAGAGGAAGAGUAUGAUGUUGAUUCUGAUGAAGGAAAAGAUAAUGAUGAUGGUGAUGAGACUGGUGGGGGGAAGGAAUUGGAGAAUGAUGAUAAUGGUAGUGAUGAUAAGCUGGAAGAGGAGGUUGUGGGACCAAGUAAGAGAAGAAAGUUUGUUCCACGUGGACCAACGCAGAUGCAUGCAAUGAGGUUGAUAACACAUAUCCAAAAGUCAAAGUUCCCUUCAACUAUAAAGAUCAGCCAGUUGGUAAUCCAUCCGUGCAGCUGGCAAGUUGCCUAGGGGUGUUAGUUCGGCGAAACAUUUCGUUAACAUACAAUGAUUUGAGAGUUGUUCCUCCCCAGGCCAAGGCCAUCAUAUGGAAGAUAGUCGAGCAACGGUUCAUUGUGCCUGAACAUUACCAAGACUACUAUUUUUCCAAAAUGGGAGCAUAUCUUAAAGAAUCUCGAUCUAGUAAAGCGGGUUUGGUACUCCAGGAUUUGGAUCAGCUACAAGGGGAAGAAAGAGAGAAAAGGCUUGCAAAGCUAAUGCCCACGAGCAUGUCUGUCAAUGAGUGGGAGACGUUUGUGAAACGUGUAGGCUCGAGUGAAUUCAGAGUCAAAAGGCUCAGAAUGCAAGAAAUUCGUUCAAAGCAUGACACCCCUCACACGAUUGGCCGAGAAGGUUACGCCCGACUGGAGGCUAAGAUG